AUGCCAUUGAUAACUGUGCAAAUUUACAUAAUUGAUUGAUUCGCCAUUGUGACAGGUGGAAACAGGAAACUACAUGCUGGAGAUAGGGAAUGCACUGGUAGUACAUCCAGCACUGCAAAUGGCACCUACAUUUUGUACUAUUUAGAGACCAUAUUUGAAUUUGUAAAUAAAGGUAUAACAAAUUAAAGACGCAACUUCGUAGUGGAAAGGGAAAAAAUUGAGAUGCUGAUCACCAAAACAAUUUUCUCAUGACUUGAGAGGUAACCAAGAGCAACAAUGUCGGCAGAUAAUUUGUCGCAAGCUGAAGAUGGAGAGGAUGCGCUUCCUCUGCUUCCACUUCAGAGGAGGUCAGAAGCCCGAGAAUCCUUUGGCCGGCUCCGUCAGAAACAAAGGGCACGUAGGGUCAACAUCGGCGUGAAUGAAGCAGACAUCAUGAUGGAGGAACAAGGAUAUUAUGAUGAUCUGGAGGCUGAGUACAUGGCAAACUUCUCCCGGAAGCAGAAACGCAAGACGAUGCUUGUCCUCCAUGAUGCCUUCUUCCUCAUCCUGGACUUCCUCCAGUUCUACGCACUCAUUGCAGCCAUCUCGCUGCGAUGGCCCUGGCCCUUCAACUGGCUCUACUCAACUCGGUUUGUGUUCCUCUUCAACUUGGACAUUUGGGAGUUCAUGAAGAUGAAUGACCCGGAUGUGUACAACUCGGCCAGGGAUGGUUUCAUUGACAGCACAUUGAUCGGUUUUGACUACCGCUGGUACGCCCUGGGCUGGGCCAUCUUCAUCUUUGUGGCGAUUACUUUGUACAUCAUUCUGUACAUUGCUAUGAACUAUCAGAAGCGAUACAACCUAUUGUUACUGCUUGCUCAGCUCCAAAGAGCUUAUAUCAUCGUUUGUCAGAUCCUAGCGAUGCCCAUCGGUGUCAUGAUGGCCAAGCUGUUUCACUGCAACACUGACGACAACAUGGAUGUACACAACGCAACUCCAUGCGCAGGCGGCGAACACCUAGCCUACAUCAUUGUUCCUCUGGUUAUUUACGUGGGCCUCUUCAUCAUACUACCCAUCUGGAUGAUCAUGAAGAUUCGCACGCAGAUCUUCAGCAACCGAUCAGAGCGCCAUGAGGGGUUCCUUCAACUCAAAGAAACUGAAUUCGCCCACGGCCUGGAUUUCAUCUGGGCCAUCAAGCUCUACCAUCUCUUCUCCUCAUUCCGCCUGGUCUGGUCUUACUACCGUCCUGUCAUGUUCUUCUUCAAGCUUGUUCUCUUGGCAGCCUACGCAGCACUGCUCUGGCUUCCCAUGUGGCAGAUGGUCGUGUUCCUUGUGGCGAUUUGUCCCCUCUUCCUAGUCAUCUUUAUCCGUCGUCCCUUCCGCAUCACGUCCUUCAACGUCUACAUCAUGAUCAACUUUCUCUGUAUGCUCAUUUUCUCCAUCAUGGGCCUGAUGCAGAACCUCUUCGACACAAACUCUGUAUUCUUCCAGAUUGAGUAUCUCUUUUCUGAGCUCUUGGCGAUUGGCGCUUUCUGGUCAGCAUUCACCAUCAUCUGGUUCGUGUACGUCCUAUUGCGCUACUUUGGUAUCCUGUGCCGAGGCGUCCCCCUCUGGCCGGAGAUGACCAGUCGAGAUCUGAACAAGUUGAGUGAUGAGACGCAGAAGUACAUGAAAGCUCUCUUGAAGGGUCGCAUUGUCUUGGAACAUGCUCUAUCCACCUUCCCGCUUUUCAGUCCAGUCCAUGAGCUUUCUCGACAGAUCCAGAUCAUCAAUGCCUAUUGCCGGGAGGCAGAGUACAUCCAUGACCCAAUCCACGACACCUUAUGGGAUCUCUUGGAUGAGCUGAUCGAGGCACACACUCGUCUCUCGGCUGUCUCUCUCUUCUCUGAGUCUGUCAAGUCGUCGAUUCGAGAGACGGCUCACGAGUUCAUGAAGCUGAUGCCGGCUUUUAAGAAGCGUCUGGCCCAGAGGGAGUAUGACUUCAUACUGAUGACGCCAUUGAAGAGGAGGAUGCUGCUGAAGAUGUUCACACUGGGUGUUUUAGCGAAUGGUAAAAUGAACAAGUCUCGACCAGUGGACCAAACGGACACCGUACAGAAGUUGUACAACCCGAAGGAAUCUCUGGUACUGCAGCAAAGAAGAGUGGAAGGUGAUGAUGGAUUUUACGAAGACAUGUACGAUUCACCGCACGAUAUGGGUCCCAGCAGUCUCAGGCAGAAGCAGCAGCAGCAGUAUCAGGAGCGGAUGAUGAGACGACCCAUCUUGGAGGAGAUGAGCGAUGAUGAUGAUGAGGAUGCAGAGGACGAGAUGGGAUGGAUGCGCGGACCCUCACGAGCAGAGAGUGAUUUGGUGUCUUCAAUCAAUGAUCGUGACGCAGAUGACUUGUCGGACAUGAUGGCAGGCAUUCCCAGCAGGCCCGGUAGCAUGUCCAGCAACAAAGUGCGCAGUGCUUCAUCGAUGUCAAGGAGGUCCGUUCGAUCUCAGAUGGGCAGUGGGGGGAAACAGGGCCAAAGAAACAAGACGCCGCCAGAAAGGAAUAUUAAGGAGGAAAGUGUGCAUGACGCUGAAGAUGCAGUGUGAAGCAAUUCUUUGCAAGUCCUCCAAAACACUUUUCAUCCAAAUCUU